CUCCUUUUUUCUCUCAUUCUUUUUAACAAACUAUAUAUUUAUAUUUUAUACAUAUAAUAUACAUACAUACAUAUAUACAUACAUACAUACAUACACACGAGUUGUAUGUAUCUUUACUGAGCUUUGGAAUUACCGUUACUAUUAUCUAUUGAAUCCAGUAAAACAAAAAAAAGUAGAUGCAUCAAGAUGAAUCAACAAAAUCCAAACAUACCCAUUGGUCAACCACAGCAACAGCAACAGUUACAACAGCAACAAUUACAACAGCAACAGCAAAAUCCCUUAAACAUUAAUCUCCAAAAUGAUGUUCCAAAUGCUAAUUGGAGAGAUGAAAUUACAGUACAGGAUAGAGCUCGUUUCGUUUCUCAAUUAGGCAAUGCUUUAAAACAUUUAUCACCUACAACUUCUGAUAAUGAUAUUUUUGCUGCUGCAAAAAACUUUGAAUUGACUUUAUAUACGAAGAGCACAAGCAAAAAUCAAUACGUUUUAGCCUAUGCAAGGAAGUUUCAUCAAAUUAAGUUUCAAAUUCAAAGCCAAAAUGGAGGUGCCCCUAUGUUGAAUGAUAGUCAACUUCAAUUAAACUUAAAUACACUUGCUGGUGGACAACAGAUGUCUCCUUUGUUGCAGCAACAACAACAGCAACAGCAACAGCAACAGCAACAACAACAGCAGCAGCAGCAGCAACAACAACAGCAGCAACAACAACAACAACAGCAGCAGCAGCAGCAGCAGCAACAGUUACAACAACAACAGCAGCAGCAGCAGCAACAGCAACAGCAGCAGCAGCAGCAACCGCCACAGCAGUUACAACAACAAACUGUGUCGCCACAAACUCAACAAAUACAAAAUAUUUCCUCUCCAAUGGCUAUCAAUCAACAACAAAAUCAGAUACGUCCAAAUAUGUUCCAACCAAAUAUGCUGCAAGGAAGACCCCCUCCACAACAACAACCAGGAAUUCCCAACAAUACGAAUAUUGCUGUCACCAUGCAACAGCAACAGCAAAUGCUUGCACUUCAAAGAACGGCUACUCAAGCUAUGGCUGCUGCUGUUACUGCAGGCAAUAACAAUACCAUUGUUGGGCCUAACGGCGCAACAGCCGCCCAAAUUGCUGCUAAUGUUAGUACUGCUCAACAACAAAUAUCUAUGAAUGUUUUACAAAACCUUAAUAUGGCUGCUGUCAAUCAAGCAGCCAUAUCUAUGUCACCACGCCAAUUUCAGUUGUUUCUUGCUCGUCAAAUCUCUAUGCAUCAACAGGACCCAUCGAUAUUAAAUAGAAAUAUACCACCUAAUCAAAACUUCCGCCCUCCUGUUACUAACGCUGGUUCCCCAAUACAAGCUAAUAAUAAUUUUGCUACUGCUGUUGGUCAACAACAACAAACGCAAUUGAAUCCUGAAUUGUUGAUACAGCAUUUACAGGCUCAACAAGCACGUGCUCAACAACAAGCACAACAAGUCUUGCAAGCACAACAGCAAGCACAACAAGCUCAGCAGCAACAAACACAAAUACCUCAACAACAGCAGCAACAGGCAUUACAAGCUAGUGCACAAAUUCAAGCUCAACAGGAGGCGCAGCAAAAAGCUCAAGCUCAAGCUCAAGCACAAGCACAAGCACAAGCUCAAGCACAAGCUCAAGCUCAAGCACAAGCACAAGCUCAAGCUCAAGCUCAAGCUGCUACUGCUCAAACUCAGGCUCAGCAGCAACAAAGAUUUGUUCAACAGAAGCAAUCUGCUUUACAAACACCUCAACAAUCUAAUACUGCUGUGCCUAUCAAUAUAUCAAAUACUCAGAUAACUGCAUCUGUUAACAACACUCAACCAUCCUUAGGACGUGGAGUAACAUUACAACAACGAGCUGCAGCUGCUGAAAUAGUUAAACAGAUGGAUGAAAGCAUUCGCAAUUCACGUGUUCGUGCUAAUCCAAUCGAAGGAUUAUCCGAGCAAGAAAAGGCAGCCAUUCGAGAACAUAUAGCAUUAAUGAAACCAAUGUAUGACAAAAUCGAUAAUCUUUUGCCUGUCUUUUUGGCCUUAACAUCUAAUAUGGAAGCCACACGUCGUUUAAUUCUAAUGAAAUAUAUGUUUGAGGAUCAAUUGACGAUGUUGCAACAAAAUAUGUAUGUGAUUACCUUAGAGCAUUUGACUAAACUGAAGGAUCAGUUUAGUGGGUAUUUUUCAUGGGUACGUAAUGCAGUAGGUGUAGGAAGUCAGCCUAUGAGCCCUACUCAACAACAUCAAGAGAAUAUUGAUACUACUGGUCAACAAAUACCUGUACAACAACAAGCUCAAGUGAAUAAUAUGCAACAACAGCCUGAAAAUACCACUCAACAGCAACAACAACAGCAACAACAACAACAGCAACAACAACAACAACAACAACAACAACAACAACAACAACAACAACAACAACAACAACAACAACAACAGCAGCCACAGCAGCCACAGCAACAACAACAGCAGCAACAACAACAGCAGCCACAGCAACAACAGCAGCCACAGCAACAACAGC